AGUCAACUCGGAUUAAGUAAUUAUGCAAUCCGAAAAGCAACCUCUUCCUCCUCGCCGCCUGGUUCAGUUUCUACUGUGCGUGGUUCCGUUCUGGAAACAAUAAAAAAAUACGACGAAAAACCCAAUAAUUGCACCACUCUUUCGUCUCUUCUUUGUUUGUUUCCUCAAAGACAAGUAUCAUCACUCUUCGCCGGGAGAGCUCCAGAUAUUCACCCUUCUCUCCGCGGGUUAGUUUAUGCUGCGUAUUCCUUUGCGCAUUUCUGCUUCUCUUUUCUUUCCGUCUCUUUCCCUUCCCAUUGCCGGCGCUGUAUCUGUUCCUUGUCUGCUUCCGGAUUUCCGCUUCUAUCUCUGCUGUUCAAUUCACAGUUCCCGCAGUUCUUAGGGUUCCUGAAGUUCAAUUUUUUAAAUUUGAAGGACUUGUGUGUGUGUGAGCAAGUGCGAUUUUCCCAGUGCAUGCAUCGUUUCUAUUUUUUACUUGGCUGGGCGGGCCUUUCUUCCUGUUUAGUUCGUUCAGUGAACUGUAUCUAGGAUCAUAGGGUAUGUCGUUGUAGUUGCGGUUGGCCAUUCAGUUCCUCUGCUCUUUGGGAAUUUUGAUUGUUAAGGGUUCUCUUAUGGCUGUUGGGAAUUUUCCAGUUAUUAAGUGUUGUGGGUUCGUAGUGGUAGCUCUUCUAUGACGUUACUUAACUUCCAAUUAGUGGUUUUAUGGUUUGGGCUGUAGGAUGAAGGUUGACAUGGAGGUACCACUUAAUGCUGCUGAUCAGGCUAUUGACUUAAUUGCUUCUGUGAGAGAGUUGCACGGGCUUGGUUUUCAGGAGAUUAGUAAAUUGUUAAGAGAUGCUGAAAAUUUCACCAUUCAUUUGAACAUCGGAAAUCUCAUCAUAAGGAUUGACAUGGAAAAGCUCGCUGCAUUUCUUCCAUUGCACCUUAUUGCAGUGCUGUUAUCAUCCCGUGGAGACGAGCGUGCCCUGAGAUACUUACUAGGUGGUGUUCGGCUCUUGCAUGUCUUGUGUGACCUAGCGCCUCGUCAUAAUAAACUUGAGCAGAUCUUGCUUGAUGAUGUGAAAGUAUCUGAACAGCUGCUAGACCUGAUCUUUUAUUUACUAAUCAUAGUUAGCCGUCAUAGAAAGGAGACACUUCAUUCAAGUUCAUCAUCUCUUCUACAUCCAGCAGUAGUAGCAUCCAGCCUUUACCUAUUGACGUGUUCAAUAUCGACACAUUGGCAAGAUCUUGUUCAAGUACUUCUUGCACACCCCAAGGUCAAUGUAUUUAUGGAUGCUGCUUUUGGAGCAGUUCGUGUAGCUGUUAGGUCUCUUCAAGGCAAGUUAUCAGCUCAAAUUACUAGCUUUCAGAUGACAUCAAAUCCAACAGUUGAACAAACAGCUAACUUCCUCUGCCAACAAUGCGAGGCUUCUGUACAGUUUCUUCAUUCCUUGUGCCAACAGAAGUUGUUUAGAGAGCGUAUUCUCAGGAACAAGGAACUAUGUGGGAAAGGAGGUAUUCUCUUUCUGGUCCAAGCAAUCAUGAAGCUAAAGAUAACCACUCCUGUUUUGGAGUCUGCUAGAGUUGUUGCUAGUAUAUCUAGAAUCAAAGCCAAAGCAUUAUCCAUUCUAUUAAAUCUCUGUGAAGCAGAGAGCAUUUCGUACCUAGACGACAUUGCAAGCUCUCCAGAAACACUGGAGGUGGCAAAGUCUGUUGCAUCGGAGGUGCUGGAAGAACUGCGAGUUGGAGUUUGCAGAGGCGGGAGACACCUUUCACCAUCUCCUGUCAAAUUCUCUCCCACAGGGCUUCUCCAGCUCAAUGCACUUCGAUUAGCAGAUGUUUUCUCGGAUGAUUCAAAUUUCCGCUCCUACAUUACCAUAAGCUUUACCAAGGUUCUGACUGCAAUAUUUUCACUUCCUCAUGGAGAAUUUCUAUCAAUUUGGUGCUCUUCUGAACUUCCACAAAGAGAAGAAGAUGCUACUCUGGAAUAUGAUGCCUUUGCUGCUUGUGGAUGGGUUUUGAAUGCCACGAAGGUUUCGAGUCCAACAUUUUUAGAAACUAACCUUGUCUCAAGUAGUAUGCCUCAAGCUUCCUACUCCCAUCAGAGGACUUCAUUAUUUGUGAAAGUAAUUGCAAACCUCCAUUGUUUUGUUCCCAAUAUUUGUGAAGAACAAGAGAGGAACCUCUUUCUUCACAAGUUCCUUGAGUGCAUGCGUCUGGAUCCAGCUGAAUCAUUGCCUGGAUUUUCUUUUAGUUCUGGGACCCAAAAAGCUGCCACUGUUUGCAGGAACUUGCGUUCAUUGUUAUGUCAUGCUGAGUCCUUGAUUCCCAACUUCUUGAAUGAAGAAGAUGUUCAACUCUUAAGGGUAUUCUUUAAUCAAUUACAAGCAACGAUUACUCGUGCUGAGUUUGAGGAGAACCAUGGGAAAAAGUCGCCAUCUUUGGAUAAAUUCUCCAAGCUAGACAUCAAUGAUCAUCAGGAGGGUCAAAGCAUCGGAGGGAAGAAGGAACCUUCAAAUGCUACUACCAACAGAAGUGGCAACCACGAGGAAUCUUCAGAAAAUUCUGCUUUGAAAGACAAUCAACUUAACUUCCGAAAUGACCACCUGAAUCUAGGGGAGACUGCAUUAAUUAGAGAAGACAAGGAAAAAUCCAGUAGGGGUGCCUUUAGGGAGAUUGACAGGGAUGGCCAGAAUGUUGAAACAAGUGGCUCAGACUCCACAGCUCCAAGAGGAAAGAGUUUUGUCGAUUCACAUAGCGACUUCUCCAAAUCUGGAAGGAAUAGUAACAAAGAGAGUGGGAUUAGGGGAACCCACGAGGAUGAAAAAACUGAAGCCGUUCAAUCUGAUGAGAAGCAGCCUAGGAAGAGGAAACGGACCAUAAUGAAUGACUAUCAAAUAUCACUUAUCGAGAAGGCCUUGCUCGAUGAACCUGAUAUGCAGCGAAAUGCAACAUUACUACAGACUUGGGCUGAUAGAUUAAGUGUCCAUGGUGCAGAAGUCACAUCAUCACAGCUGAAAAAUUGGCUGAACAAUCGGAAGGCUAGAUUAGCGCGUGCAGGCAAGGAUGCCCGAGCGCCAAUGGAGGUGGACAAUGCUUCUUCACAAGAGAAGCAAGUGGGACACGGGCAGCAAUCACGAUCACGGGACUCACCCGAGAGUCCUGCUGCAGAGGAUAAUGCCCCAUCGAGCACAAGAGGAGGCGCUGUUCAAAGCAGCAGCAUGAAGAUGGGUGGUACAAGUGAAAGCAGCACUUGGAUCCACACAACAAGGGAUCUCGUGAGUAGCGGUGGAACACAACCUCUGCAGUACACGCCAGGGCAGCGAGUGGUGCUUGUGGAUGGGCAAGGAUUGGAGGUUGCCAAAGGGAAGGUGCACCAAGUGAAGGGGAAAUGGUUUGGGAAGAACUUGGACGAGUUAUCGUCAGGUGGUACUUGUGUGGUAGUGGAUGUUAAUGAUCUGAAAGCUGAUCGAUGGACCAGGCUUCCCUAUCCAUCGGAGAUCACGGGGAAUACAUUCAGCGAGGCAGAAACCAAGAUAGGGGAGAUGAGAGUGUUGUGGGAUUAUAAAAAGAUGUACUUGUUGAGGUCUACAUGAUCCUUCCAUGGGUUUUGGGUACACACAUGGAACGGUGUUUAAUACCAGGUAUCGGUGGCCUAUCAGCACUGUUUGUUUCAUUCCAGACGAGAUCUGUAGGAGAAGAUGGCUACAAGAGAUUGUAAGAGAAGGCUGCUGAGUGCAUGUGGAAGUAGUUGCAGAAUGUUUUGGUGUUAGAGAAGCUGUAAAAGUAUUUAAAAGGUGGUAGAUGUCACUAAAAUUAUGCGCUUAAUGGUUAGACUGAGUUUCAAUUAGAACUCUUGAUGCACCUGGUGUAUCUCUAGGGUUUCCAGCUCUUUCUUACUAGUGAGAAAGCAUAAUUAGAAGUUCUAUCAUCCAUGCUUGUAGGGUGUGCAACUGCAAAAUUCAUGAGAAUUGUGGUGAAAAAUGUUUUAGAAAUUAGAAUCAAUACCCCAUCAAUCGGUACUAGUUAUUGUCAUUUGGAUUCCUUGGCUUGAUUUGUCCGAUGAUAAAUGCGAAAAGAAGGAUCCUCCUGGUCUAAUGGGCAAGCUGGGGCAAAAUCAAUAUUGCAUUUGGU